CUGAAUGCGCUUGUCAAACGGAUCCUGCUAGAUGGUUAACCCGUUUCACCAUCGCAAAUGCUUAUCUGAAUGGGUCGCGUUGACAUUUGGGAUACAUGCGUAUUUAGCGUUACGGCUCAGCGGGAGACCUUUGCUGGCUCAUAACUUCCAUAGUUGAUAUAUCACUUAUCAAUUUGGUUUGAUGACCAUAAAUAUCGGCUAACCAAGACACUGAAGACAGUUAAGCCAUGUAGAUUAUACUCUUUGUGGCACCCGUAAAACGUCGGAAACUAACAUGUUUUGGCACCAUUUUAUCCAGCGGUGCCGCACUGGAUGGCACAUUGGUUUUUUCGUGCCCAGUGCUGUAUUAUGCAAAAUACCAUUUAUUUAAUGCUGCCCGUUCAACAAAAAUGACAUGAAUUGCACGCGGUAUUUAUCUGAGUAUUUUCAUAAUGGCGCGGCAUUAGAUGGUGACAGUUAUUCCACUUCUUUUGGCAUUUGUUAGUUUCCAUUAUGGCGUUGUGCCUGCAACUUCUUGUGAUCUGCGCAUCAUGUAAACAAUUUCUCGUGACCUUCCUGAUUUUCUUCCAUCAGGUUUAUGCCACAAGUAUCAACAUACCGACAAAGGAUGCCGACGGACAAUUCAUAAGUGACCUAUCUGGAAAUGGUCGGCCCAAUAAUAAUAAUCGGAUGCCUCCUUCCGCUUUUCAAGACGGUCGUUUGAAAUUAUUACUACAUGCUUUUAUAACCAAACUAUCAGAGGAAAUGCGGAGCGAUCCGGAAAUCGGUAUGAAUCCAAAACAAUCCGAAUUCCUACUCCACCGAUUACGGGGUUUGUACAACCACUUGAAAGACCAUCCGGCACUAAUGGAUAGUCGAUUAUCCGUUGGCCGUCCAUUGGAGCUCCCACCGGAAGUAUCCGUCGCCGGCGUCAGGAGUGAUGCAGCAAUAACCGAUAACAAUUCCGACGAUUUCGCGCGUAUAAUCCGGAAGCGCAAACUUGAGCUGCCGCUUACGGAAGCUUGCCCUUCCGUAACCGAGUGGCUUUCAUUGAACAAAAGUCGCGAUAUUCACGAUGAGGAAGUGGAAGUGUUCCAGCCCCAAGGGGAUCCAGGAAGCGAUGAAGAAUCUCAGCUCGGAGCUCAGGUAGGUCGACCGGAUCGCCAGUACUUCUAUACGACACGGUGUAUAAACGGUGUAGAAAAUGAGCCCUGCGUCGGAUCAUCAAGUUUUUACACGAGUCGAUGCGUUACACGAAAGGGUUAUGUUAUGGCGCUCGUUCGAAAGAAGCCGACUGAGUUGUUCGAUUGGAACUGGAUCCAGGUUGCUGUCAGCUGUAAUUGCGGUGUACGCAAGAAGUUCUGAUAGCCCUUGGCGAUGAUUAAGCUAUGAGUUAAUAAUGUACUAUUUCCUUGUGUUUUUCAAUAAUAUGUCAAACCAGCUGUUACAAUAACCACUAUUAAUUUUUGUCUAAUAGUUUUCGAAUAUCGCAUCGUUGCGUUUCGCGACCCCGCUUAGUAAAGCCUAAUUCAGCUUCUUACAUUUAUGUCCACUUUAUAAACACCUCUUACAUAUUUACCUUACUUUCUAACCGCCGACUUCAAGUUUUUGACGUACACUCACUGGUAAAGUUAAUUUUUGACAGAAAACGUGUACCUAUUUUGUAUGCCCAAUAAACCGAACGCCAUAGCGAAAGUUGUAAGAGCGAAGU